AUGGGUGGCCAGCACCUCCAGAACCCACCCAGCUCAGGAACAAGUCUCAGGGCCCAGAAGGGCUGUAGUCCUUUGUGGGAGGGCCUGGGCACCCAGCCACCACGGACAACUUUUUGUCUAUGGGAAAAUGAGGUCCCUUCCAAGGGCCCACCCACAAACUUCAACGAGGACCGGGGCGAGCCUUUUCCUCGGCCCCCUGAGCACCUACUGUACGCCGGGGCCCCCCUGGCCGGGCGCCCGGGCAGCCCCCGGCCGCAACGGUGCCCCGGCCCCCCGCGCGCGGCCGCACCCCUCCGCUCCGGCCCGGGCCUCGCCCGGCGGAGCCGCUUCCCCAAGGUCAUGCGGGAGGCCGGGGCCAGAGGCACGCACCCCCAGCGCCGGCGCGGCCCGCGCCCUCCCCGCCCAGGCCGCGCUCGGCCACUUCCUGCUCCCGCUCCUCCAUUCCAGCCGCGCGCGGCCCUGGCCCCGGCCCCGGCCCCGGCGGCCGCGAACAAAGCGGCCGGGCCGCAGGGAGGAAAUCCGGGCCCCGGCGGCGGGCGGCGGGCGGCGGGCGGGCGGGGACUCACCGGGCGCCGCGUCCGGCGCGAGCGCGGGCCUAGCCGGGCCGCGGCCUCCGGCGCCCGCCGCUCCGCAUCCCCGCGGGCCGGCCGGCCGGGGCCGGGCUGGAGGCCGCGGCGGGCGCUGCUCGGGCGGGCCUCGCGCGCCGCCGGACCCGGAGCUCGUGCGCGGCCGCCGGCUGGCUCCUCCGGGCUGCGCUGGCUGCGCUGCUGCGCUGGGCCGGCCGCCCGCCCGCCGCGCUCGGUCCCGCCGGCCCGCCCUCUCUCCGCCCCGCGCCCGCCCCGCCCGGCCGCCCGCCCACAUCCGCCUCCGCCGCUCGGGGCGCCCCCACCGCGGGCCGAGCGAGGGCGCGGCGCCGGGAGCGGGAGCGCGCAGCGGGCGGCCCUCGGGGCCGGGGACCGCUGCGCUCCGCCGCGGGGCCUGUCCCCAGGCCACGUCCUCUCUGGCCUCGGUUUCCCAGUUUGUCCGGUGAGCCCGCACUUCUCGGCCCAGUUCUGCCCCGACCCUGUUAAAGGGGCCGGUCUGGGACGAAUCCUGGGCUUCUGCCUCCUUCGGGCGGAGGUUUCUCCAACAGCUGCCCCUCCCCCCAACCCCGAGGCCUCCAAGUUGAUGCCAGCUGUGUGGGCUCUGAAUGUGCACCCCCAGGCCCCGCCUCCAGGGGCCAGGGGAGAGGCCCGACUGGCCCCCGCCGCUGGGGCACCUGGCCAUCGCUCACCCCCUUCUGGGACCAUCCCACCCACCCACCAUUCUCCCAGGAGGGGUUUCCGCACCCACCCCCCAUCCUGCGCUGGCAAUGCUGAGGAGAAGGCAGAGGAGGCCCGGUGGCCUCGAGGGCCACUGGGGGCCCGGGAGGGCGCCCUCUCGUGGAUAGUGUGGCGACUCCCCAGGCUGUCCUCGGGCCUGCUGGCCAUUUGA